AUGAUGUCGAGUCAAACGCAUCGCAACGCAAUUACCACCGACACAACAACAAUUUGUGCAGGCCUUAACCGAGUAGUGUGAACCUAUGGCCCAGGGCCAGGCCUCCUGGUUCACCACCUCCUCCAGCGUGACCAGGCGUGACUCCGGUUCCUGGUCGGGAAUGCUGGGCGUUGGGAGGAGACGCGGUCACAUGACAAUAUGACCCGCCAGAGCUGCUGGAGGACAUAAUGUCAUUAUUAUAAUCCUCAGGAAUAGUCAUGGGAGCCUAGCGCACUGUCAAUGCUAAGGUAUGGUUUACAAACAGAAGCGGUCCAUCGACCUCAAUGCUUUCGGGAAUCAUUUGUGUUCCCACUUUUUGUUUGCGUCAGCAGCGUCCGCAUUCCUGAAUGUGGAGCAGCUCUGAUUCAACUCAGCGCGUCGUCCAAGCGGAACAGGAUCGGUAUGGCAAAGUAAAGUUAUGUCAACACAAAUGUAAUCGGAAAGAAAUCUCCUUGGACCCUCUGCUGUAUUGUUUAUAAGAGGGACAGUGGACUCCGUUUUUUCCUGAACAUCAGGGUCUAUGACUGUUUUGAUCCAGAUUGGUUGGUUUGGACCCAGGGCUGAGCAGCAGUAAGGCGGACUGGGCUGAGUGGGUUUCAUCUGGCUGUAGGCAGAUGUCUGGCACGGACCAUGAGCGAGUGCUCUCCCGUAAAUCCUCCUUGGAGAUCAUGGAGAAGGAAAUCCGAGAGAAGGGUUCGGAGAUCCUCAGGGAACAGCUGGAUGCCGCCAAGAAGGAGCUAAAGCUGAAGGACAAGGAGUGUGAGCGUCUGGCGCAGGUCCGGAUCCAGCUGGAAGAGGAGCUGGAGGAGCUGACCGCCAGUCUGUUUGAGGAAGCCCAUAAGAUGGUGCGCGAGGCCAACGUCAAGCAAGCGGCGGCAGAGAAACAGCUCCGGGAAGCCCAGGGCAAGAUCGACGUUCUCCUGGCCGAAGUGACUGCGCUGAAAACAUUGGUCCUGACCUCCACGCCCUCCACACCCAACCGCCAGCUCCAUCCCCAGCUGCUGUCCCCCAAGGCUGGUCACAAGCAGGGCCGGGGCCACUCGCGCAACAAGAGCGCCAGCGGCAUCCUGCAGCUGGGCCCGGAGAGCGCCGCGUCCCCCUCCGUUUCCGGGACGCCAGCCGCUAAAGAGGAGCGAGAGACGGACUCCAUCCUGUACACAGAGUUCUUGGCGUGGAGAGAGCAGCCUGGAGUGGACCGGGCCUCGGCCUUCCUCAGCCGCAUCUACAGGGAGGACAUCGGGCCCUGUCUCUCCUUCACCAGAUCUGAGCUCUCCCAGUCCGUGCAGAGUGCGGUGGAGAGCAACUCUCUGAGCAUUGAACCCGUCGCCAUGUCUGCCGUACCGACUGUCAAAGCCACGGCCACAGAAUGCGGAGGGCACAAUGGCUUUAGGGCAACGAUAGAGACAACGUGUGCCUUGAGCGGGACGUCCCAGCUCUGCCGCCAUCGGAUCAAACUGGGGGACAAGGAGAGCUACUAUUACAUCUCUCCUUCCAGUCGUGCGCGGAUCACGGCUGUCUGCAAUUUCUUCACCUAUAUCCGUUAUAUACAGCAGGGCCUCGUGAGGCACGAGGCUGAACAGAUGUUCCGGGAGGUGAUGCGUCUGCGCAGAGAGAUGACCGUGGCCAAGUUAGGUUUCUUCUUCACAGACCAGGGCUAGAGGACUGGAGCGGGCAGGUCUCCACCAGCAUGCAGCCGGGCCAUAGACUAGCUCACAGAGGACAUGCUGAUACUGAAGUCUAGCUUCCUCGCAGUAGAUGAUUAAUUACGGUAGUGUGAAGGUUAUUGCUCUGCAUUUGGCUCACCUCACGAGGGAGCAGAGAAUGGUUUUGGGUCACUUCUGGCAUGAGGGAUUGGAACCAGCAGCAGGGUUUUAAGACACCCAAUAGAAGUAUGAAUAUGUUAAAUAUUUGAGAACAUGACACAGAUAUGGUAGUGCGACCGUUUUGCUCUGCAAAGAUUCUUUCGGAUGUCUUUCACUUAAAAGUUUCCCUCUGUAGUACCACUAAUUGUUAUGGUCUGUUGAAGCAUCACUGAAUUAGGAGUAUCUUCAAUGGUCAACAAAUGACCAUUUUGUCUGUCAGAGAUCAGACCGCUGUGAAUGCGAAAUAAUAAUAAACAGAUUAUACUUGCAUGCUUGUUGUAAGAAACACUUUAAUACUCAUUAACUCAUGUAAUUAAAUAUUUCAGAUGAAGGACUGCAUUUUAUGCUCAGAAAUGACAAAACAUUUAUUUGUAGUAUUCAUGUGUUACGUUAGUAUUUUUCAUAAUGCAUAACGCACAACCAUUUGCAAUGAUAGUUGAAUACUCUCAGAAGCGAUACAAGCCAUACAGCACAGUUUGUUCAUGAGCACAGUCAACAGCCAUCAGAAUCAGUCACAAUAAAUUAUUUCUGCGUCUGUUAUUAAUUCUGGUAUAGAAGGUUUUUUUCAAGGUAAAACUGAAGUGCAAUAAUUCUUAUUAUGCAAGAUUUUCAAAUGCGUUAUCUCAGUAAGUUCUGAGUAGAUUUACAUGUUUUUGCUUUCAAUUGUGUGUACCCAAUAAAGACAACUAUGACAACUAGA